CAAGGUGUGUAGGGAAGCGCGAUCUGUAAAGUUUUCGGCACUUUGAUGGGAGGCGAUAAUUCUAAGCUUGGUUAUCGUAAUGCUGUCAUACAACUCACUACAAAGACUCAGCCAGUGGAUUCUAAUGAUAAUAACUUCUGGGACCAAUUCUGGACUGAGUAUCCCAUGUCAAUCCAAGAUAUUUUCGCCCUUAUUCCCGCAGCUGAAAUCCGAGCUCUAAGAACAGAGGCUCCUAAUAACCUGGCAACUCUCUGUUAUAAGGCUGUUGAGCGGAUCUCACAGGUCGCUGAGUCGGCAUCACUAACAUCAAAGGAUCAGCUUACGGUUCUUAACUGUACCAGAUUACUGACUAGAUUAUUACCGUACAUAUUCGAAGAUAUUGAGUGGCGAUCGUUUUUCUGGUCACCACUUCCAGCUGAUCCUUCUUCGGUUAGAGAAGGCGAAUUUGUACCUUUAGCUCAAAGCUUACUGUCAGCACUUUGUGAUUUACUGUUCUGCCCAGAUUUUACGGUGAAUUCCAUAUCUAAAACUGGGCCUGAUGGCCCAGAAGAUAUGCAUACCAUUGACAGUUGUGAGUAUAUCUGGCAAUCCGGUGUAGGGUUUGCACAAACCCCAGCAGCAAACGCUGUCCAUGAUUCUAAUCGAACAGAAAUUCUGAAACUUAUUUUGACCUGUUUCUCUGAGACAAUGUAUUUGGAACAAGAAGAAGCGCAUCGAAUCGAAAAUAAAUGGGUGACAUUUUUUACAAGUACAGCCAACAGACAUGCAUUACCAUUGUUUACGUCUUUGUUGAAUGUUGUUUGUGCAUAUGAUCCAGUUGGUUCAGGAUUACCUUACAAUCACCUAAUGUUUUCAGAUUCACGUGAACCUUUAGUUGAAGUGGCUCUACAGAUUUUAUGUAUAACUUUGGAACCAGAUACUGUGAUAUCCACUCCUACAUAUUCAAAUGCAUCACUUAGAGAUACAAACUCUACUCAUAGUCAUCCAUGCUCAGAUGCAGAUGAACAAGUUAGUUUAAAUGGUACUCGGACGAUAAGUCAAAACAGUGGUGGAGCAGGUGAUGUAUGGAAUAAUGAAAUCAAUCUGUUUGUGAAUUAUAUGUCCCGUUUACACAGAGAUGAGGACUUUGCCUUCAUACUGUUAGGAUUAACUCGCCUGUUGAAUAAUCCUUUAACACAAACAUAUCUGCCUGGAUCAAGUAAAAAAAUUCAAAUGCACCAAGAAUUAUUAGUGCUGUUUUGGCGAAUGUGUGAAUGCAAUAAAAAAUUUAUGUAUUAUGUGUUGAAAUCAAGUCAUGUACUAGAUUUAAUUGUACCUAUCCUGUAUCAUUUGAAUAAUUCACGUAAUGAUCAAUCACGUAUUGGAUUGAUACACGUUGGUGUAUUCAUUUUGUUAUUGCUUAGCGGGACAAGGAAUUUCGGUGUUCGACUGAAUAAACCUUAUCGUCAUCGUUCUUUGUUAGAUAUACCAGUGUUUACUGGAACACACGCCGAUUUAUUAGUCAUAGUUUCACAUAAACUAAUCACAAGUGGUCAUAAUCGUCUGAAUCCAUUAUUCGAUUGUUUACUAACAAUCAUAGCUAACGUUUCACCCUACUUGAAAAGCUUGUCAAUGGUAUCAUCAAAUAAACUGUUGCAUUUAUUAGAUGCAUUCAGUCAACCAUGGUUCUUGUACAGUAGUCCAUCUAACUACCAAUUAGUAUUUUUAUUACUAGAAGUGUUUAAUAACAUUGUCCAAUAUCAAUUUGAUGGUAAUAGUAAUUUGGUUUACACGCUAAUUAGAAAGCGUCAAAUAUUCUUUCGAUUAGCCAACUUACCUACAGAUCAAGCCAGUAUAAAUAGUGUAGUUAAAAAGCAAAUCAAAUCAUCACAACAAGGGGUUGCUGCUGCCGGUGGUGGUGGUUAUACCACAAUAGAUAGUAGUGCUAGUGUUACCUCAAGAGUAUCCGUGGGUGAAAUUAGAAAGUCGACUGAUUCUUCUACAGGUCAACCGAUUUCUGAAAUGUCUAAUCGCCUGUCUAUGGAAUCUAAUCUACCCGGGACACCUCCAUCAACUCCAACUGAGUCUAUUGGUCAAGUAUCCUCUCAGCUGAAUGAAGUCAAUAUAAACGCUAAAUCAGGUGAUAUAAUUCAAACAAGUUUAGCAGAUAUACCACCAUUACACAAAAUGACUGAUCAACAUUUAGGCAAUGCUGGUGAAAUGCCUGAAUAUUACUCGAAUCUUACUGAUAACAAUCAUCAUAAUCACAAGCAUAGCAACAGUAAUAAUAGUGAUGAUAAUAAUGAUGAAAUUGAAAAUAAUUUAAUUUCGCAUUCUUCACCUGGUCAACGUAUCUCAUCAACACCUGUGGAUAAUAAUAAUGAAAAUGAGAAUAAUAGUAAUACAAGCAGUAGCAGUAAUAAUAAUAAUAAUAAUAACAAAGAUGCUCAUAAACAAUCAAUCGAUGAUGAUGGUGAUAAUGAUAAUGAACAGUCUUCUUCAUCGUAUGGAACUGCAAUGUCAGAAAGUUGUUCUUUGAAUAGGCUAAAUCGAUCGAAAGAGGUUUUAGAGUCUUCGUUAAACUCAAAUCUGAAAUCUCAUCAUUCUUCUGGUGCAACAACAUCAACAAUAACAACUGUUGGUAGUAAAGAAGAAGAUGAAGAAGAAGGAUUGCAUACAUCUCAUCCAAUAGUACUAUUAGGCGAUGAUGUCAAGUCUACAAAAUCAUCAGAUAGUUUACUGCAUUCAUCCAAUUGGCAACCAACGACUGAUUGGAUAUGUAGUUGGAAGGCGAAAAUGCCCUUACAGACAAUUAUGCGUUUAUUGCAAGUUUUAGUGCCUCAAGUUGAAAAGAUGUGUAUUGAUAAGGGUUUAACAGAUGAAACUGAGAUUGUUCGUUUUCUUCAAAAUGGUACACUGGUUGGUUUAUUGCCCGUCCCGCAUCCAAUAUUAAUACGGAAAUAUCAAUCGAAUAUUGGUACAACUAUAUGGUUUCGUAAUUAUUUAUGGGGAUUAAUCUAUCUAAGGAAUGUUAAUCCUCCUAUUUGGUAUGAUACAAAUGUACGCUUGUUUGAAAUUCAACGUAUGUGAUUCUUUCAACUUCCAAGACAAGACUGUGCGUGUGUGUGUGCAUUUGUGUCUGCGUGCGUCAAUCUUUCGCAUACUCAUAUUCAGUUGUCGUCGGUGUGUUGUUACUCGAUAAUAAACUGGUGAACAGUUGUUUUUUCUCACUAUCUACAGUCAAUUUUAAUUUCAAAUUACAUUCCAUUGUGCAUGUUUAUUUUCUUUGUUCAUAGAUAGACCGAUGCACACACUCACACACACAUACAUAAACGUAAAUUUAAGUACUGUGUAUUUUGUGCACUUUUCUAUCUUUACAUAUACACAUAUAAUCUCCUAUUGUCUUGUAUCUUAUGUUAGUAAGUGGUCUUUGUGUUCGUUGUCUGAGUGUCUCAUCAAUUGUUCUUCGUCAAAGUACAACAUACCUGUUGUGUCAUAUUGAUUCUCAGUAGCUGUAUUCCAUUUUCGUUUAUACUCUAAUGUUUAAAACUGUUGUGAAACUACUCAUUUUACUAGUAGGCGAAGUAAUAGGAAUAAUUAUAAUGCUCUAAAUCGUGAUAUUGUUUGUACAUUUUAUUUUAUAACUCGACCUGUUUUUUCUUCUCCUUCUCCAUUGGUGGAUGAAGCCAUACAAGUCAGCCCUGAUUGGUCGCGUUAACAUCAGAAAGAGGCAUCUACCAAUCAGAGAAUGAAUGUGUUGUAAGUGACCUACCUACCUACAAAGAGAUGAUUAGUGCAUAAGCCAUCAGGCUGACCACUUUCUCAUUCUCUGAUUGGUAGAUAUCAGUUGCUGGUGGUGAUAUAUGAACCAACCAAUCAUAGCUGACUAUUGUCAUUAUUAUCCACUAUCGUUGUGUACUUCGGUUAUUCAUUUGUCUAUUCAUUACCUUUUUUAUGUAUUGUUUCAAAUAACAACAACAAAACAAAUUUCAGCAUUUCACAAUUUGUUUAUUUAUUUUUUCUCCUUCCUUUCGUUGUACUUUUGUUAUUUAGUUUUGAGGGUUUUUUUCUCUUAUCGAUUUAUUUGUUCUGUUUUCUUCAUUUGUGAUAUGUAUGCCUGUUUAUACAUGUAUUGUGAAAAAUAAUUUACUCUACAUUAAUGUUUAUAAACUGUGAUAUGUGCGUACGUGCGUGUGUGUGUGAGUGUAUACCUACAGUUUAUAUAUCUGUAUGUAUAUGUAUAUUCGACAAACCAAUUUGUUUGUUCUGCAAACCGACCAAUAAAUAAAUCAAUAAUAAUCUCAAUACGUAUUUAAUUUUUUGAAUUGGGAAAAUAUUUGAUAGUUGUAAUGCCAAUAAAACAUUCAGAAGAC